CAACACACUCCUCUCCUCAACUCGGUACAAUUAAAACUCCGUUGGAGGCUUUUGCUAGACUUUCUGGAUGAUUUAAAAGCCGCAUACACACUCAAGGCCUCGCUGAGUGUUACGCUGAUAUAGAAAUAAACAUGUCGGAGAUGAAUAACGGGCAGCUGCACCGCCAAACCCUGGGGAUUUACUCGAACUUGAUGGAUGACUUCAACCCCAGUCUAGAGAGACUGGUGUCACUGGGAAACAGCUACAUGCAAGCUUUCCAGGCUCUUGCUGUGACUAGCGAGGCCUACUUCAGUGCUCUGUCAAAGAUCGGAGAGAAGGCUUUCCACAGUGUGUCUUCACGCCCACUGGGAGAUGUCCUGAUUCAGAUCUCAGAGAACCAGAGGAGACUCACCAAGGAGCUGGAGGGAGUAUUCCGCUGGUUCAGCGUGGAGGUUCUUCAAGAGUUGGGCAAAAACGUCAGACUGGACAAAGAAUAUGUAUCAAACAGCAGAAAACGCUACGAGAUGGAGGUCCAUAACCAGACAACAGCGCUGGAGAGACAGCCGAGGAGAGGAGCUAACUUGGAUUAUGGCGAGCAUGUUUACUUCCUCAGAGAGAGCUACAGCGAGGCUCUGAAGGAGGAGGAGAGGAGACACCGCUUCCUGGCUGAGAAACACUGCGGCCUUAUACAAGCCAUCUCACGCCUCAUGAAUAAGUUGGGAGGUUCUUUCCAGCAGAGAGCAGAUGCCUGGACGGACGAGGUGAACGCCACCAGAGAACCAGAGCCCCGACAACCUGCUUCUGACUACAACUCUAUAAAGGAGAUCAGGCCGAGUAGAGAGGAGCAGAGCCUCGGGAGAAUGCCAUCAAGAGCCCCGUCCCCGCAGGGAAGUAUUUAUCUUUCCAAAGCAGAGUCGGUGGGAGGAGGUGGUGGUGGUGGUGGAGGCAGAUCCAUGAGGGCAAAGGUGGACCACCAGCCUGGUGGUUCCAACCCAACGGUGCUGCCCUUCACCAAGGGAGAGAUGAUCACUGUGACGGUCCAGCAGUCCAGGAACGGCUGGCUGUAUGGACGUGCUGAGAGCAGCUCAAGGCAGGGGUGGUUUCCAGCCUCCUACGUGGAAGAAGUGGAUUUUUUUCCAAGGAGCCCUGGCCCAUCCCUCAGAAGCAGCGGCAGCAUGAACAACCUGCUGGACCAUCCAGGAAGCAGCAGCCAAGGCAAAGCCUCGCAGCCUCCUCCUCCUCCUCCACCGCCACCGUCUUUAUCGUCACACAGACAGCCUGAGACACAACCGUUCAAACAGACUGCUGACAAGAGGGCCGAGUCCCAUUCAGAAAACAAGAGAUCAAAAGCACAGGGACCACCAGAGCUCUUUCCGAGGGGUACCAACCCGUUUGCAACUGUUAAGCUGAAGCCAACAGUCACCAAUGACAGAUCUGCUCCACGCUUAUACCGACGAUGACAUCUUAUUUUGGAAGAAUUCAUUGAUGUUAUUCUGGACCUUGCAGUUUAAAUGAUAAAAAAUUAGCAAUUGCACAUCUAUGGUACAUUUCCACCAAGAGUACUGGCUCAGUUUGAUUCAGUUUGGUUAUAAGCAUGUCUACUCUCUAAAGUUGGAAAAGUACCAAAGUAACAUGCCAUCUUAUUCAUACCAUAUUACUUUUAUGGCACCCUUCUGAUGGGAUACCAAGUGUAGCUGUCAGACCCUAAAGAGUGGAAGUAGACUCAUGGACUACCAAGCAAGAGUAAGACUGAAUGAAAGCAAGAUCAGAGUUUUAUGGUACCAAACUGCUCUGAACCAUCUGGAGUGCUUGAUGGAAAUGCACCAUAGUGAAGGUUUUAUAUGCUAUUAUUUCACACACCUUUAAUGCUCACUCUGCCAAAGUUUGAAGGAAAAUAUGGUAGGGGUCUGGCUGCAGACCUUACGUCUAUGACGGUCUCUCUCAUAAACCAUUCAUCUGAGACACCAUAUGUCUCAGAACUUAACUGCCGUUAUUUGCCGGUACAACUUAUUUCCAGCUAUACAUUUUUUAUUUAAACUCAUCUUUAUUCUUAAACAAAGUCUGGUGGUUAAAUUCAUACCCACUUUGCAAACAUUACAGAAUAAGCAACAUUUCAUAUUUAAACAGAGAAAAAGGUCAGGGCUCUAAUCUUGGAUUAAAUUAUUUAUAGACCAGUUUUAGAAGUAACUGGAUGAUCGAUGGCUCAUUUAGACUUUAGUAGUUUUAGCUUAAGCUAAGGUAGCUACACUACCUAUGUAAUUAAAGUUACUAAAUAAGCCAGUGUGGCUAAGGUAGUUUUAGCAAUGCGUGCUUUAGCAAACUUAGCUAAAGCUAAUGUAGCUCUGCAUAUAACGUAGUUAAUAUAACUGCUUUUUUGAGCCAAGUUUUAGCUGUUUAGCAUCAGCUUAAGCAUACAUAACUAUGCUAGCUGUGUAAUUAAUGUUACUAAACAAGCCAGUCAGCUAAGUUAACUUUAGCACUGUGUAUUUUACAAGCCUAAUGAAAGCUAACAUAACCACAUAUAAAACAGACAUGUAGCUUACAUAGCUGCUUUGUGAGCUUAGUUUUAGCUUUGUUACCUUUAGCUCAAGGGUACAUAACUAUGCUAGAUACAAAAUAAACAUCACUGUGUAUGCCAAUGUAGCUAAGUUAGCUUAAGUAUAAGUAGCUAAAGCUAACAUAGCUAUGUAAAUAAUGAAGAUAGUAGCUCACAUAGCUUAUGUAGUCGUUCAUGAGCUUAGUUUUAACUACUUUACCUAUAUAGCUGAUGCAGCUAACAGAGCUACAUAAGCUACACUUGCAGCACUAGAAUGUUUUUCAUGGAGGACAAGCUAUAUUCCUGUUAGCAGACUGUUUACUCUGCUUUAUUAAAUGUAUUAUAUUCAGGUUUUGCAGGUCAGAUUUUAAACUUCAACUUUUGGUAUCCUUACCGUUACCUUAAACCUUACCCAAAAUAGAAGUUUACUCUGAUUUUAUUUUGAAUCUUCGGUUCCAUUUUCCCCUUCUGAUAUCUAAGGUGUCUCAGAUGAACAGUCUGUGAGAGCGGCGGAGAUAUGAAGUCUGCAGCCAGACUGUCCCGGAGAAUAAUGCCAUCAAAAUUGUGUAAAAUAUUCCAAAACUUUUGUAAACUGAAAACUUUUAAUGUCUCUUUUAAUGAGAGAACCACAGCAAUAUGAAUGUAGCUUGAAAAUAUGAUUACAUCUCAGCUUGUCUUUAAUCAGUGUACCUUCUUUGAAUUCCUGAAUGUGAACAUGUAAAUGACUUUAAUAUGGUACAUCUGGAACAAAAAGUCAAGUGUCUAUGAUGUGAAUUGUACAGAUAAUCAUUGCUGACAAAGAAAUCCUAACAAGCACCAGAAUUUUAUGUAGUGUUUGCUAAAUGAUCUUUUGCGUGUUUUUAUUGCCUUGCAUUUUCUUUUUGUCAUUUUAUUCUGUCUAGUUAAUGAAUUUGGGUUCCUUUUUUAAUUUGCAUUAUUAAUUUAUUGUGAAAAAACUGCUUUUUUAUAAUGAAAAUGUAAUCACCCAUAAUGUAUAUUUUGUCAAA